AUGCCACGCGAGGCAUACCCAGAUCCCAAUCCUGAUCCAUCACCUACAAUGGCGGAUAUGCUGGAAGAUCGCGACGUUGUCACCGUAUCCGUCGUCGCGUCUUCCGAUCCUACAACUACUGCCGUGACGACAAAAUCAUCUUUCCCCGUAGCUAUCGCCAUACCAGCUUUGGUAGGCGGUAUGGUACUAGCUGUCGCACUUUUUGGAUUAUGGUAUUGGAUUUCCAAACGUAGAAAAAGGGAACAUCGGAUGCGUUGGGAAGCAGCACAGAGACACAAAGCCCGUCAACGGGCUAACACGGCACCCACCCGUCCCUCCGCAUCAUCAUCCCGCAAGCCAUCCGGUCCCAUUGCCAAAGCUCAAUUCACAGAGAAAGAACACGCACCUCCAGUCCCAGUCUUAGCCAAAACAUAUGAUCCUCAACCGAAAAUGGAAUAUGGUUACGGUUACGCGCCUGAAUUACCUCCUCAACAAUCAUACAAUCCUUAUCCAGUACAACCGACUAUCGAACAUGAUCCAUAUGCUACAUCCGCGGAAUCAUCUCCAACAUCAUCAGGUGGUCUUCAAGAACAACAAACUGAUUUCUCUCCUAAACCUUCUAGACCAUCUCGUUCCACGGCACGUAUCGCAGCUGCUGAAUCCGCCGCAGCUAGAGCCGUUGCCGAUCCUCUCGCUCGACAUAAACCUAAUAAACCAUCACCUCUGGCAUUGAAAGCAGAACAAAAAGCUCCGAAAUGGGGCGAAGGACCUUUCCGAUCUCCUCCACCCGAAUCGGACAAUCAGGAACAUCUCACUCCUGAUAACCACCAAGAUAAUAAUGUUCAACAUGCGAAUAGACAGGCCGCUUCGGGUGAAUGGGGGGUGGCUUUGGGUUCACCUACUGGGGAUGGAUUCGGCACGGAGCAACAUAUGACAGCACCUGUGGAGAGUCAUUAUACAAACGAUCCUUAUCUAUCCCAUACGAAUAAUCGAGUCCCAUCUGGACAAUAUUCGACGGAUCCUUAUGCGGUUUAUCAUGGUGAACCACCCGUGCCUGUACCUUCGAAGACUGGAGGGUGGGUAUAG